AUGUUUGCUUAUAAACACGGAAUCAGCCAGGAGGAGAGGAGGGCACCAAAGGAGGGCAGAGAGGAGAGAGCUCCUGGCAGCCGCCGGAGACCCCGCCGUGGGCACGGCACCGACAGUGCAGGACUGGCACAACGGCGUUUCUUCAUCGGCGACCACAGCUCGGCCAGCCCCGGGCCGGACCGCCCCGCCGGAGCACCGGAGGCUGUACGGGAGCCCCGGGUGCCCGACUGCCAAGGCCCACAGCACACCCGGCCGGCGGGGGACAGCCGGGACCCCGCGGUGCCUCCCGCCAGCGAGCACCGCGUGCCGGGACAGCCCGGCCCCGCACCCCGCCCCGAGCCGCGCUCCGGCCCCGCACCGCGGCCCAAGGACCCGGCCCCGCACAACACCAACCGGCGGCCCCGGGCUGAGCGGCGGGCCCGGGCCUGCGCCCGCGGGGCGGCUCCAGCCGGAGCUCCGGACGGCGGCGGCCGGGCCGGGCCGGGGCGGAACGCGGCCUGGCUUCCCCUCGGCCCCAGUAGCGGCGGCUCCGGCCGCCCCCGCCGCAGCCCCCAGAGCGGCCGCCCGGCCCCGCACUCGCUGCCGGGGACCGCCGGGCCCGCACAUCCCCGCCGGCAGCGCCCUAAGCCUGGGUACCCAGCGCCCGCGGCCCCGCCGGUCGCCCCGGGCCCAGCCCCGCCACCGAGCCCCGUUCGGCGGGGCCGCCGCAGCUGUCAAACCGCGGCCACCGGCGGGUCGAGCCCUGCCGGGCCGGUCCCGGUGCCGCUCCUGCGCCCUUACCGCGCGGCCUGCCCGCUGCGCUCCGCUCCGUCCCGUCGGCAGCCGGGCCCGUCUGUCGGCGGCGCCGCGUCACGCCGCGGGGCGCCCGGAGCGCCCGCCCCGGAGCCGGGCCCGGCCCAGGCAGGGGCGGCCGGGGCGGCCGCCGGGCCGCUUGUUUACGCCGCGCAGCUGUCAGCGCCGCCCGGCCCCGCCCCGACGGCCGCGCCACCGGCCCCGCGCGGCUCGCUCGGCACGGCCCGGCCCGGCCCGGCCCGGCCGCCGCUCCGCCGGGCGCCGCCGGAUGCCGUCACCGCCGCCCGCCCCUCCCGGCCCGUGCUGCGGCGCCGGGUCCGGCACCGACCCCCGGCGGCCCCUCCGCCAUGGGCACCGCCAGCAUCGGGCACGGCCCGGGGUUCUGCACGGCCUCUCCUGCAGCCGAGCAUGGGGCUGUCCGUGCCACCGGGGGCUCCUAUGCCAGCCCAGGCAGGAAAGCCGCUCUGCGCCGCGAGAGACCUGAGCCUCGCCGUGGCCCGCGCCACGCCAGCGGGAUUCCCAGGAGCUGCCCCAGCCCGGCCGCGCAGCACGGCGGAGCUCCUGCCCCCCCGGCAGCAGCCGGCCGAGGCUCCGGGGCACGCAGCAGCGCAGGGCUACUGGCCCUUGCUGCCCGGAGGCCGAGAGCCCGGCAGCAGCGCUCGGUGUGGCUGGCUGGCAGCGGGCAGCGCAGAGAGCCGGGCCAGGGCUGUUUGCGGCUGCCGGCGGCCCGCUCUGCCCGCUGCAGGGAGGAACGGCUCGGCUUCAGCAGCGGCCGCGGAUCCCCGCUCUGCCCCGCUGGCAGCGGGCACAGCGCACACGAACCAGCCCCGCUGUGCACCAGAGCGAGCGGCGUUUCCUCGGGCUGUGCGGGGGAACUCGGCACAGGAAUGCGCCAGACACAGGGCACAGGAAUGCGCCAUUCGCGGGACGGGAGACCAGCAGUGCCGGCUCAGACCCGGCCCCACUCGCCGUGUGGGGACACAGAGGGCGGGCACACAGGGACGGCCGGGCCUGCAGAGUCCCUUCAGACACGGCCGGAGCAGCGGGGCUCUAUCGCGGCGCUGCCCCCGCCGUCCCAUGGACGCCCGGCCGGUGCCUCCCCCUGCGACUGCCGAGGGAAAACCCCGCACGGUGCGGGAGGGAGCGGCCCCUCUCCCGGCUGAGGGCGGGUGGCGAAACGAGCGGGGACUCCGCUGCCCCCAGCCCCAGGGCCGAACGCAGGCACGGGCACAGCUCCGAGCGCCAGGCCCGUCCCCCGCCACCGACCCGGCCGAACGUCACUUCCGGCCCCGGCACGGUCCCCGUCGCGGCGGAAGCGGCAGCGAUUGCGGUUCCGGGUGA